AUGACUGUGCGCUCAAAGAUCUUUUUGCCUCUACGCGUACGCGUCGUCGCCCGAUCUUUCUCAGUUUCCCGUCCCCGCUGGGAGGGCACACCUCUACCUGCUAGAAAGCCCGUUGGCGCUUUCCGUGGAGGUGUCUUUGGAUUCUUGUCUGGCGCUGUCGUUGCUGGCGCGUCGGUUUAUUACUACAUCUUAACUGAUUACCGGGUUGCUAAUGAGAUGUUAACUGAUGAUAUCUCGGCACUUCAAUCGGCAACCAUGAAGCUCCAGUCAUACAUUACUGAGUUGGAGACCAAGGUCAACAAGCUCCAGAAGAAGUGA